AUGUCAGUAAUUAUUUUUUCAUCAACACAUUUAUUCUUGACGACAAUUUUCAUACAAACACUAGCAUGUGCUGUACCGACUAAUCUACAAAAUCUCGAACUCACUGAUGUCACAUCACUAUGGAAUCAAUUUCCAUCUAUUAUUGACAAAAUCGAUGAGAGUGUUAAUCGAUUUCGUUGUCCAAAAGGAUGGAAACGUUUAGGUGGUUCAUGUUAUUAUCUUUCUAAUUUAACAUCAAUAUCUAGUGCUGCUAAUCAUACAUGUAAUUAUCUUCAUUCUAAUCUUUCAAAUCUCAUACGAAUACAAAAUACAGUGGAAUUAGCCUAUGCUGCUCAUGUUUUAACAAGAAAUAAUUUGUCAUCAUUGAUGCUUUCUCUUGAUCCAAAAUUACUGAAAGGAAAAAAUCUUGUAGAAAUGUUAACAAAUGAUCAAGAUCAAUGGAAUAGAAUGAAACAAAAAUUUCAUAAAGUACGUAUCAAAUAUCUUAAUUUAACAACAAAAAUCGUCGAUCGAUUAAAAUCAAUUAAUUUACGUCUGUUGAAACGCUCAAGAGAAAUAAAACAAUCAUUUGAAAAAUAUAAUAAACCACAGAAAACACCAAUAAAUGUUAGUUUAGUUAUUAAUGAUAAUGAUGAAUAUGAAUAUGAUGAUCUUGAUUUAUCAGAUGAAAGUGAUGAAUUUGAACAAAUCGAAAAUAUACGUAGAAUUUGUGAUCAAAUUGCUUGGAAUGCUUUAGCUGAUAAUUCAACUGUUUAUAUUCUAACAACAUAUAUUGUAUCAGAUAAAAUUGUUUGUUCAUUAAGUGAUGUUGAACCUGAUAUUGAAUAUCAUCAUAUUUGUGAAUAUGUACUUGAUUUUUGUUUUGCAAAUAUUAUUUGUGGUAAACAUGGACAUUGUGUUAAUACAGUAUCAGGUUUCAAAUGUUCUUGUUCAUUUUUAUAUGAUGGUCUUCUUUGUGAAACAAUUUCACAAGAAGAUCAGCAAAUCCUUAUCGGUAUUAUUAUUAUUAUUAUUAUUAUUAUUAUUCUUUAUGCAACAUCAUUGAUAUCGAUUCGACGUUUAUUAGGAGGUCCACAUGAAUUAUUAAAUCCAAUUAAACGUAAUCUUGUUCGUAGUAUUUGGGUUGGUCUUUUAAGUACAUGCUUUUUAUCAGUCUUAUUUAUUACAAUAACAUUACGAUAUUAUAAAUUAUUUGAAAUUGAUAAAAUUAAUGAUAAAACAUUAGGAAGUCUACUUAAUCAUACAACUCAUUUAAUAGAAGAAUGCGAAAGUACAUUAGAUUAUCGAAUAGAAAAUUUAAAAUUUUUUCCUUUUGCAUUGUCUUUAAUAUUUAUUUUUUCGUGGUCAAUUAAACGAGACAAACAAUGUUUAAAGACAUGUAAUGGUCGGCCUGGUUUAUUAUCACCAAUUGAACCAUUUCGUAUAGAAAAUCGUUUUACAACAGCAACUGUUUUUGGAAUUAUUGCUUAUGGAGCAUUAAAAAUCUUUGAAGAACUACUUUUUGGUUUACAUAAAACAUUUAAUCAUGGUGUACUUUUUGAAUUAAUUAUAAGAAUAGCAAUUAUCGCUGUUGUCGGAUUUCGAUAUUAUCCGAUACUUGCUUCUCUAAAAUUACGAAAUGUUUUUAUUCGUUUUUUCGCUUGUCUAUAUAUACUCUGUGAUAUUAUAUAUACAAUUGUACGAGAAAGUUCAUGUAUGGGUUUUCUCCCAUUAGCAGGAAAAUAUACAGUUGUUGAAGAAGCAAAACUUCGAAUGGAACUUGGUACAUGGUUUAUUAUAUAUGGUUUAAUAAAAAAUAUUCCACAUUUCUUUUUUCUUUCAUAUAUUGGUGCUGAAUUAUGUGUGCGUUUUUUAUAUGAUUCAAUAUAUGUACCAGUAAAAAAAAAGAAAAGUAUUUGGUCAACACCUCAUGUACAAUUUGAUGAAUUAGAAUUUGCAAAAUAUUAUGUUACAAAAUUACUUCGACGUAAUUGUCCUUUAUAUCGAACAAAUACUAAACAAAAAUCAAAACAACAAAAUGUAACUAAUCGAUCACUUAUAAAAAAGUUCUUUGAUUCUUUCUAUUAUUGGGACGAAGAUUUUCAUUUUACAACAAUAGCAACUUGUACUUAUACAGUAGCUUUUGUUUUUCUAUAUUAUUUGGCAUGUACAUUUAUUUUUCUGUAUCUUUCACGACCAGCAGGAGUUAUUCCAUUUUUAAGAUCUUUUAUUGAAAAUUCAGCAAAUGUUGAAUUAGAUGAUUCAUUCACUUUGAAACAUGAAAUAAUAUUAAGCGCUGUUUUAGCAGCAAUUUUAUACGGAUUUCAAUUACUUAUUGGAAUGCAAAAUUAUAAAAAACAUAAGCAACAAUUAUAUAAAGGUAUAUAUAUUGACGUUCCAUCAACAAGGAAUAUGGAAUGGAGCUCAAUCGUAUCGAAAUCUGUACAUUAUUCUGGUUUUCUUGUUGGAUAUAUGGCAUGGGGUUUUGUUAUUUGUUUUCAUUUAAUACUUUUAAUAUUGAUUGGAAUAAGAAUUCUUUCAUUACGAAUUCGUCAAAUUGAAUUAGUACUUACCAUUAUUGUACCUAUACUUAUUAUUUAUCUAAUAAAAAUCCUUGGUAUGAAAUUAGCCGGAAAGUUUGUAUUUACAAAAAAGCCAGAAGACAUUAAUGAUAUGAAAAAUCCCAAAACCUAUGCAAUAUUUAUUUAUUUCAGUUUUUUUGCUGAUUGUUUUCUUGGUAUGGCUUCAUGUAUUAUUCGAUUGAUUAAAGCAACAUUUCUUAAUGUAGUAUUUAUGGCUCGACUUGAUUAUAGCUUUCUUGGACGACCAUUGGAGAAAUUCGAUGCUGGUUUUGCUGCUUAUGUCUCAUAUUUACAUGUUGAAAAACAUUAUUCAAAUCCACUCAUGCUUGUUUUUUCUGAUUUACUUUUAAAUCUAACUACUGAACAAUCAAGAGAAAAUCAUAAUGAAAAAUUUUCUACAAAUAUAAAUGAUUCUGAUGAUGAGAAUAGAUCUAAAAAACAACGAAAAAAUAAAUACGAUAAAUCAAGUAGAAAUAUUAAUCAUAAUACAACGGACAAUCAAUCAUGUCAUUCAAUAACAGAAAUAAAUCUAACAACAAAGUUACAAAAUUUAUCUACAAUGUCUGGUAGAAAUAAUCAAACGAUUGAUAGUAGAAAACGAAAAUUACGAAAGUUUGCUAUUUCUGAUGAUGAAAUCAAUGUAGACAACGAUGAUAAUUCUUCAACACGACUAACUUCAUCUACUCUUCAACAACAAGCACAAUUAUCAAAAUCAUCUAUUAAUAGAACUAAAAUAUUAAAUCAUGAAUAUCUUCUACCUAAACAAGAUCAAUAUGAUGACGAUAAUUAUGAUUAUGAAAUAACAAAUAAUAAUACUCAAGCUGCAAUUGUUAGGCGUCCUCAUUCAAUUAAGGAAUCAAUUCCAUUAAUAUCCAUUCAUUCAAAUAGACAAUUAUCAGAACGAAUACAAACAAAACAAAGCACUACAACUGAAAAUGAAGAAAAAAAGAGAAGAAUAAAACGAAAAAUCGCACGUUUUCGAUGGUUUCUUGCUUAUACAAUUAUUCAUAAUUUUCAUAUAUUUGAUCUAAAAAAAUGCCUAAAAAAUUCAUUGACAUUUAUAUAUUCACAACAAAAUCAACCGGUCGAUGAACAAUUACCCAGCCUAAUAGCUACUGAUCAAAACCAAGAACCUACAAUUGCGUCACUAUCUGAGCCAUUAAAAAUGCAGCGAUUAAAAGGAAAUACAUGUAAGCCACAAUCUCCUACAAUUGAUCGUUUAUUAUCUGUGCCUAGCAUCGAUGAAUAUCCAUCAUUAAGUCCAGCUGAACUAUAUAUUACAUCUUUGAAGCAACAGUUACUGAUUGUUUAUAGUCAAAAUGCAACUUCACCGAAAAAUACAGAUGAAUUACAACAAGAGAAUAUCGACUCACCACUAUUUCGAUCUGUACCUAUCUCAAAUGAAUCGACAAAUGAUUAUCCACCAGGAACUCCUUCGAACAUAAAUUCAUCAAGAUUUCUUCAACUAUUGAGUCAUAAUCAACAUAUGCAAGCUUGGUAUGAAGAUGAAAUAAAAAAAUUUCAAAAAAAACGGCCACAUUGUUACUUUUAUGUUUUGCCAUUUAACUAUUAUGAGCAAAAAGAUUUUCAACGAAAUGCAUUAUUAGAUCAAAGAAUUUUUGCUUCACAAAUGAAGAAUGAUAACACUAAACAGAAAGUCAUCAACAUCACUAAUGUUACUUCCGAGCACAACAAUUGA